CAUUAGCGGCAGUAAGAGCGUCGGCGGCGGCGGCGUAGUGCAGUGUGACGGGGCGUUAUUUGUUUUCAUGAUUAAAACACUAAACAAGGACAAACACACACACGGUUCACCGGAGACGUUUGUGAAGAAGCCUGUCCGUCAUGGAGUCCUAUGACAUUUUAGCUAACCAGCCGGUUGUGAUUGAUAAUGGUUCAGGAGUUAUCAAGGCAGGUUUUGCUGGUGACCAGAUCCCAAAAUACUGUUUUCCAAACUAUGUGGGGCGUCCCAAGCAUGUACGUGUGAUGGCAGGAGCGCUGGAGGGAGACCUCUUCAUUGGACCCAAGGCAGAGGAGCACAGAGGUUUGUUGUCGGUGCGAUAUCCCAUGGAGCACGGGAUUGUGAACGACUGGAAUGACAUGGAGAGGAUCUGGCAGUAUGUUUAUUCCAAGGAGCAGCUGCAGACUUUCUCUGAAGAGCAUCCUGUUCUGUUGACUGAGGCUCCCCUCAACCCCAGCAAGAACAGGGAGAAGGCUGCAGAGAUUUUCUUUGAGACCUUCAAUGUUCCUGCACUCUUCAUCUCCAUGCAGGCGGUGCUGAGCUUGUACGCCACAGGUCGCACUACUGGGGUUGUUUUGGAUUCGGGGGACGGCGUGACCCACGUUGUGCCCAUCUACGAGGGCUUUGCCAUCCCACAUUCGAUCAUGCGUGUGGACAUUGCCGGAAGAGACGUCUCUCGGUACCUGCGUCUGCUGCUGCGCAAAGAAGGCUACAACUUCAACACGUCUGCGGAGUUUGAAGUCGUUCGCACCAUCAAAGAGAGAGCCUGUUAUCUUUCUCUCAACCCCCAAAAAGACGAAACCUUAGAAACAGAGAAGGCUCAGUAUGUUCUACCUGACGGAAGCACUUUAAAUAUCGGUCCAGCCAGGUUCCGUGCUCCAGAGCUGCUCUUCAGACCUGACCUGAUUGGAGAUGAAAGCUCGGGGAUCCACGAGGUCCUGGCCUAUGCUAUCCAGAAGUCUGACAUGGACCUGCGACGCACGCUAUUCUCCACCAUAGUGUUGUGUGGAGGAUCAACGCUGAUUAAAGGUUUUGGAGAGAGAUUACUAACUGAAGUCAAGAAGCUCGCGCCCAAAGACGUUAAGAUCAAGAUCUCUGCUCCUCAGGAGAGGCUGUACUCCACAUGGAUCGGUGGCUCAAUCCUGGCAUCACUGGACACCUUUAAAAAGAUGUGGGUGUCGAAGCGGGAAUAUGAAGAAGACAGAGCUCGUGCCAUCCACAGGAAGACUUUCUAGUUUUUUUUUUCUUACUUCCUCCUCCUCCUCCAUCAUACUGUCAGAGACUCCUCUACUCCUGCUAUCUUCUUUUAAACCACUGUCAGUCUACAGCUUCGCCUCCCGUUCUCCCUCCAUCCCUCCCCCACUCACCCAGACACACCCCUUCUCUUCCCCCCUUCUCCUUCCUCAUGCUGUUGGCUGAAAGUGAAACACCCUCAUCACAUAGCAAACAUUCACAGUGACGGGGCGUCAGAGGGCAGUGAGUAGUUCUGUGGACUCAUUCUGUCCUUUAGUCCACAUCCAUGUUUUGUAUCUCUCGCCUGAAAAAACCCUGAAAGGUGAAGAAUAUAAUGAAAUGUUAAUAAACUGAAUUUUUUUUUUUUUUGUUUUGCUACUUCCAUUCCAAACCGAAGAUUUUGAUUUUAUGUCCAUUUUGUUGGAUUUCUUUGAAAGGUUCUGACAAGGAUUAGCUCAUGCACAACAGAACAAAGGUUUGAUGGAUUACAGCAGCAUAUAGUGCUAGUUAGAUAAAGAUUACCACUGUAUUAUAGACAUAUAACUGGCCUCAUCUGCACAGCUCCUUAAUGUGGGUAAUUUAUCAUUCAAGUGACUGAGCUGAAGUCUGCUGUGGUUAUAUUCUGUGUGUCAGCGAGGAAAAGGACAGUGCCGUCAUUUUAUUGUCUCUUCAUCGUUUGUUGUGUCUCUGCUAAAAAAUUAAUUUAAAAACUCAAA